ACAUUCAUUAUCUUUUCUCCAGAGCUCUGAAGAACUGCAGCUUUCAAUGGCCCACAUCAAGCAAAUUAUUGGGAUUUUAAGGGACUUCAUACACUCUCCUGAGCACAGAGUGAUGGCUUCUACCAUAUCCAAAUUGAAAAUGGAUCUGGACUUUGACAGCACUUCUAUCAAUCAGAUUCAUCUGGUGCUGUUUGGAUUUCAGGAUGCGGUUAACAAAGUGUUAAGAAAUCAUUUAAUAAGGCCCCACUGGAUGUUUGCAAUGGACAAUAUAAUUCGCCGUGCAGUCCAAGCAGCAGUCACCAUUCUUAUUCCAGAACUUCGAGCUCACUUUGAGCCAGCAUCAGAAACUGAAGGUGGCGACAAAGAUUGUGAUGAAGUGGAAGAGAGUUUCCGUCCCUCUGAACAAAAUGGGACAGAGGAUGCUGCUGUCACGUCAGGAGUUAGCACCCUCAGCUCCGAGGUGUCACACGAGGCUCAGCAGCAGCUUUGCCUGGAAUUGGGCAGACUCAAACAAGAGACCAUAAGGCUUUUGGAAAAACUCGUUCAGAAGGAGAAGGAGUAUCAGACACUCUUACAACAAUCUUUGGAGCAAAAAACGCAGGAAUUGCACUUGCUUCAAUUAAGAUUUAAACCCAGAGACUGGCAGUGGCCUUCAUCAACUUUAAAAGAGAAUGCAGACCCAGAGCUCACAAACUGGCUGAAACAACAAGGGGCAGACCCAGAUACCAUUAGAAGGUUUGCUGAAGAGGAUUAUACACUGAGUACUGUCCUUAAUGACAUCACUAAGGAUGAUUUGCGAUGCCUUCAACUGCGUGGCGGACUUCUCUGCAGAAUUUGGAAUGCGAUAUUAACCCACCGACAAAUGCCUGAUAAGUCCAUGGAGGCAGAAGGAUAGCUCUUUGGAAACAGAAUGUGUAACGGGAGUAAGCAAAUGAAAGAUAGAUACAUUCCUAAAUUAUUGGAUGUAUAUAUGUACGUAGUCUCCCUGCUUUGCAGGUUUUGCACAAUUAUAUAGCUCAUUUGACCAUCAGCAUAAUACACAGUAAGUAGUAACAGCUUAUGGAAGAGUAGCACAGAAGACAAAUGCCCUAUCACUGUAAAUAUAAAGCCUUAGCUGAGACAGAGUUAAUUUUCUUCAUAGUGUCCGGUAUUGAUGCUAUGGUUUGGCUCUAGGAGAAAAACAAUGUUGCUAAUAGACCAAUGUUUUAGUUGUAUCUGAGCAGUGCUGUAUAGAUCUGAGGACAUUUUGGUUUUUUAGCUUCUUGUACUGUCCUAAUAGGGGAGUGGCUGAGGGGAAUACAGGGAGCUGGGAGGGGCAGAAUGAAGACUGUACCACACACCUGAAUUGGCUUUAGCAUUGUGCACACUGAACUUAGAAUGUGUGACAGGUGUGCUUGCUGAUGGUUUAAGCAGGAAGGGGUUAAGCUGUAGAGUAUGUCACUUCUUUCUCUACAACUGUACAUAGCUUUGUGUAUGAAAGCUACUCUCAGUGAGCAACUAAGCAAAGCCUGCAUGAUGUUUUGAUUUUGUAAUUUGGCUGCAGUAAAAAUGUGGCAAACCUAAAAGGUCUUUGUUUCUUUAUCAACUGACUUUAAAAAAAAA